AUGCGAGCCAUCAUCCCCCCAACCGACACAGAAUACGUCUCGUCGCUCCUCUCAUCUCCGCCCCGACCACACACACCCGCCAUCAUGUCGACGAUCACGACGCUAAACCUCCAAGACCACAUCGAAGGCGGCCACUUUGUCGAAACAGACCGCGACCCGCUCCGCGUGCCAAACCCGUUCAAGUCCCGCGCGCAGGUACCUAACGCCACAGCCCAGGAUCCCGCCCCGGAGGAUACCCGCAACGCGUCCACGACGAUCUAUUACCUCGUCACGCCGCGCAGUCCCGUCGGCUACUUCCACAGGAACCGCGCCCGCACCGUGCAUACCUUGCACUGGGGCCGAGGGCGGUAUGUCGUCUUGCAUCAUGUCGAUCGGGCGUCUGCUGCCCCCUCCUCCUCCUCUCCGUCUGGAGAAGCAGCUGUCCCCGGGAAAGUCAAAGUCGAGGUCGAGACGUUCGUCGUGGGCAAGGAUCUCGCGCGCGGCGAGAGGUUGCAGUGGAUCGUGGAGGGGGACAAGUUCAAGGCCUCGUUUCUGCUGCCUGAUGAAAACGAAAAUGAGAAUGGCGACGGGACGGCGGGUGAAAGCGAAAAGGGCUGUCUGAUCAGUGAGACGGUCGUGCCUGGGUUUGAGUAUGCUGACCAUGAUUUCUUGACGGCCGAGCAGUUCGUCGAGAGUCUCGACGCGGACGCGAGGGAGGAGUUGAAAUGGUUGGUGAGGCGGGACGAGCGGGAACGCUUGGACGAGGUGGUGAACGCCAUGAGGUUAACCUGA